AUGUCAGCAGCAAAAGAACAAGACGUAGAUAUCACCAAGGUACCUCCUCAAAUGCUUGUCCAACUCCAAAAAGGAUACGAAUCUGAGAUCGAUGCCCUUACCACAUCUCUCCAACAACUUCAAACUGCUAUUCAGAAGUUUGGUGAUUCAGGAAUGGUCAUUAGAUAUUUGAAGGAGAAAUCUGCUGAUAAAGAUAUCAUGGUACCACUUACUAGCAGUCUCUACGUACCAGGAAAGAUGGAAGACAACAAUAGAGUCCUUGUUGAAGUAGGUGCUGGUUACUUCAUCGAGCAAACUGCAGACAAGGCUAGUUAAUACUGUGAUAGAAAGAUUAAGUAAAUCACCGACAACUGCUUAAAGCUAUAGGAGUUCAUUUAACUCAAGAAACUCCAAUUAAAUAAAGUUCAAGGAGAAUAUCAAAAUAGAGUUGAUGCUAUGAGAAAGCAAAUGGAGCAACAACAAUAACAAAAAUAAUGA